AUGAACGGCGCUGCAGAGCUCCCCUCCGAGGCAAACCCUCUAAAUUUUCAAACUCUUUUACAGACGCUGGAAGCUGCCACCUCGUCUUCCUUACUUCAGGUUCGGGCAGCGACUUCACAGCUUCAAAACUGGGAAAGGCAGCAAGGUUACUAUAACCUCCUUCAGGAUGCUUUUAUCGACAAAUCAUCAUCUGUCGACGUUCGCUACCUUGCUGUCAUUCAGCUAAAAAAUGGAAUUGACAAAUACUGGAGGAGAACCGCCUCAAAUGUCAUGAGCAAAGAAGAAAAGAGUGUCAUCCGAUCAAGGCUGUACGAGAGUGGAAUCAAUGAGCCUGAUUCUCGUCUUGCUCUACAGAACGCGCUGGUUAUAUCCAAAAUCAUUCGCUUUGAAUUUCCUGCCGACUGGCCAGACGCCAUAACUGACAUCGUCCAUCUUCUCCGCCUCGCGGCCCAGCCUGGCGCCAAUCCUAUUCACUUGCCUCGGGUUUUGUUGAUUCUUUUGCACAUAAUCAAGGAGCUAUCCACCGCGCGUUUGCAACGCCUACGGACGAACCUUUACUCAGUCACACCAGAGACAUACCAAGUGCUAGGCCGCAUCUACAUAGAAAAGGUACAAAUAUGGAGAGCAUGGAUUCAGAAUGGAGGUGGUGAAGGAGCGGGGUUGGAGGAUAUUGAAAACAGCCUUCUGGCGAUAAAAGCACUCAGGAGACUGAUGAUUGCUGGCUACGAAUUCCCAAAUCGGGAGAAGGAGGUGCAGGAAUUCUGGACAAUUAUUCGCGAUCAGUUCGGCGACUUUCUGAACAUGGUCACCAGCGAACCUCAACAACUGACGCAACCCAUUCAACGCAUGAUCGAAAAACAUCUCUUGCAACUCUCCAAAAUGCAUUUAGAGAUGGCUAGAACACAUCCUGCAGCAUUCGCUUUGCUUCCAGAUUCUAUCAAUUUGGUCUAUGCUUAUUGGAAAUUUGUGUCUAAAUUCGGCGAGAACUUGGGUAUUAAAUCCGCAGCCGCAUUACAUUCCGACAUAGCUGUGGACGAGGAAGAACCAAAAAUCCAAGAGAGACUCUGCUUGAAAGGCCUUCUUCUGAUACGUGCAUGUGUCAAAAUGGUUUUCACUCCGUCACCUUCGUUCAAAUAUCGCCAGGAGCAGGACAAGGAGGAACAGAAGCUCUCAGUCCAAAUGAUGCGGGCCAAUUUUCUGACGGAGUCAUUUGUGCGGGAGUCUAUGGAAGUUAUUGUAACUCGCUUCUUCGUCUUCAGAAGUAUAGACCUUCAGGAAUGGCAAGAAGACCCGGAAGAGUGGGAGCGUAAAGAAGAAGGCGAAGGUGAUAGCUGGGAGUUUUCGAUCAAGCCAUGUUCCGAAAGGCUCUUCCUGGACUUGGUAACACAUUUCAAAGAUUUUCUUAUUGAGCCUCUGAUUAAUGUGUUCUACUCCGUCUCAUCUCCUGAUAACGAAGAUAUCUUAUUCAAGGAUUCUGUCUACAAUGCAAUCGGACUUUCUGCUGCAGUCAUCCAUAAAUCUUUAGAUUUUGAUGCUUUCUUAACCGCUACUCUUGUGGCGGAGGUUCAGAAAAGUCAGCCGGGGUGCAAUAUACUUCGACGGCGGAUUGCCAUCCUUUUAGGGCAAUGGGUAUCAGUGAAGAUAUCCACAAGCAACCGACAUCUUGUCUAUCAAAUAUUCCAACAUCUGCUAGAUGCAGCAGAUCCGUACAACGAUCAGGUUGUUCGGUUAACGGCUGGCAAGCAAUUUAAGAAUGUCGCGGACGAGUGGGAGUUUGAGCCAAAUGGAUUCAUGCCAUACGCGACGGAGAUUCUUGGACGCAUCAUGGCGCUGAUUGAGGAAGUUAGUCUCACGGAGACGAAAAUGACACUGCUAAAUACCGUGAGCGUUAUUGUUGAGCGAUUGGAAUACCGGAUCUCUCCAUAUGCCGACAAGAUUGUCUCUCUGCUUCCGUCACUUUGGAUGCAAUCAGGCGAAGAACACUUGAUGAAGCAAGCCAUUUUAACUAUAUUGACACGAUUAAUAACUUCUAUGAAAGACGAUUCGCGUCGUUACCAUGAAAUGAUACUUCCGCUCAUUAAAAGUGCCGUCGAGCCUGAGUCGGAGACGCGUGUUUAUCUGCUUGAAGAUGCCCUUGACUUAUGGGCCUCAAUUAUCGUCCAAACUCCAAGCCCUGCAUCUCCAGAUGUGUUAUCUUUAGCCCCUUAUCUGCUGUCGAUAUUUGAGCUUGGCACGGAGACACUUCGCCAAGCCCUGGAUAUUACCGAAUCUUAUGUCCUACUUGCGCCGGGCGAGAUGCUGACAGAUGAAAUGCGAAACAAUUUGAUUGGGGGUUUGGCAUCACUCCUUGGCACUCUCAAGGCGGAUGCGAAUGGGAUUGUCACACACUUAAUGGAGGUUGCCAUUCGAGCUGCUAACACCCUUGGCGGUGAGCAAGCCGUAGAGGUCAUGGGGAAGUCACUACUGGACACCAAUUUCCUGGCAAAAGUUCUAGAGGGCCUGCGAGAAAGCUGGGAAGCUCAUCAAACUACUGGACCGAACAAGAAGUAUUCAAGUAUUGAUGGAAUAGUCGAGACGGAUUAUUUCAGCGUUUUGGCAAGGCUAUCCCUGGCAAGUCCCCGGAUAUUUGUGGGUCUAAUGGAGGCAGCUGGAAUGUCACGAGGAGAGAGCUUCGAACAAACGCUCAAAUGGAUUCUCGAUGAAUGGUUUAGCCAUUUCGAAAAUGUCGGUGAUCCCGAUAAAAGGAAACUCAUGUGUCUCGCCCUCACGAGACUUUUAGAAUCGGGCGAGACCUGGAUUCUCUCUAGAUUGCAGGAUCUCAUAAUUAUGUGGACCGACGUUAUCAUAGAGCUGCAAGAGGGAGCUGAGGACAAGGGUGGCGAUCUUAUAUAUUGGGACGCCGAGGGACUCAAGCCAGAUACACCUGAAGCCCCUGAAGAUGAGCGACGAAGAAACCUUACUUUUACCGACCCGGUUCAUACGAUCAAUGCCAUUGAUUUUAUCAGAAGCCAUGUUCAGCAUGCUAUUACCGCCUGCGGCGGUCAGGAAGUUUUCCAACAGAUGUGGCUUGCCAAUGUCGACCAGGACGUUAUUGCAUCUUUCGGGAAAUUGGGCAUCGUUUAA